CGGUAUAUAGUUUUUUCGAUGAACUCUGGUCUCGUGUGUCCGCAUCGGAAUAUCGUCGGAAGUUCGUCAGAAUGACGUUUCUCGGUAUUCGUCAGAAAGUCGUCGGAAGGUCUGACGAAAUUCCGACGAAUCUUUUUUUUCCGACGAAAUUAUACCGACGGACUGGUUCGUCAGAAAUUCGUCAGAAUCAGUGUAUUCCGACGAAUUUCUGACGAUUUCGGCCAUCAGAAUCCCCAUGUUUUCUUGUAGUGGUAGAGGUUCGAAAUACUGGCGUGCACACACACACGUGAGAGGCAAAAACUGUAUUUUAGCCGCAUGAAUCUCGUCUCCUGUUUUAUUACAAGGUCAACUUCUGGUCUCUCUCUCACUUCUAAAUCUUACUUAAUUAGUAGAUUCUGAUUUCAAAUCUAAGCCAAUUAAUAAUUAAAUAAACGUAACUUCAAAUUCAAAUAUUAAUUAUAAAAAAAAUUAAAAGCCUCGGUUUUAUGAUCACACACCUCACAUAGAAGCUUCUUCAGACUUCACUAUAUAUCUUUUGACUGUUUUCUCAAUCUCACCACUGAAAACAAACACAAGAAGCUCAAAAUCGAAUGGCGUCGAUUACCUGUUCCUCUGAUCAACGUCUUUCCACAAGCAAGAGACGUUUAAAGCCGUUGAUGUUAAGAGAUUACUUACUCGAUGACCUCAGCUCUUGUUCAUCCAACGGCUUCAAAUCGUUCCCUCGUCGUCAACCUCCUUCAUCAUCAUCCACCGUUCGUCGUCUCCUCGACGCUGAGAUCAAACGGUCAGGAUUGAGCCAUCAUCAUCACCACAAGCCACGUCUCACUAGAAGAAGCCGUACGAGUUGCGGAACGGCCAUAAGUCACGCCGUUCAUAAAGCUUCGACGGCGUUUCUCAACGCCGUGAAACUUAUACCAUUCCAUGCAACCGUUACGUCACGGAAAGGAGAUCAGAAACAACAAGGCGUUUUCUCUAGAAGUUUCUCUAAACGGCUCUUGAGCAAACGCUUCUGGAGAAAACCGGUAAGUCAAUCUCGCCGUCAAGUAACGGUCGAACUCGGAGACGGAGAGAUUCAAUGGUGGAUAUCCGCCGCGUUUUUCCCUGACGAAGAGAAUUUAGAUCAACCGCCCGAUCUGGUUUCUCAAAUCUCCGCCGUCGCCGACGAGGCAGCAACAUUCUCGGCCUCCGAAGCUGCGGCGGUCAUCACCACCGAGAAACUUAUCUCCGGUUGUGACUCGUCGAGUUCCGGUAGCGUGUUUUUCACGAACUCGUCGUCGUCGGAGGCUGUGCAGUCUUCUUCUUCAUCGGUCUCAUCAACGACGACGAGCGGUGAAGCUGAAGAAGUGUCGACCAGAAACGACGCCGUGGUUGAGAGCGAAGAGAGUUUAAACGCACGUGACUGUGACGGAUCAUCUGUCAACGGCAACAGCAUGUGUAACAGAGAGGAAAGUGUGAAUGAAGAAAAGGAACAACUUAGUCCAAUAUCGAUUCUGGAGUGUCCUUUUCAAGAUGAUGAUGACGAUGAUGAAGAAGAUGCAAUCACUGAUCAUAUUUCCCACCAAAAAGAUACAUACGAGAAAGCUGCAAGAAAAAGCAGGAGGUUUAAUGGUUUUGUACGUCUAGAGCCACUAAACCUGGAAAAAUUCAUAGAGAAGCAAGUAGAGAGUGAAGAAGAUGAGUACUCAUAUCACACUCAAGAAACAGAAGAGGACGAAUCAGAAAGCCGAGCAAACCGCUUGUUUGCUCUGGUGAAGUUAACAAUCGGUGAAACAAACAACAUACUACUGGCUUCUAACGUAGCGGAUAAUCUAUUAUUAGAUUAUUUUCAAGAAGAUAAUAUUGGGCCAAAAGAAGAGGCGUUAAUGGUGAAAAUAGUAGAAGAUUGGGUGAUGGAUAGACAAGAUGAGAUGUUUAUGAGCUGGGAAGUUAGAGAGAUGAGACAAGUUUAUGUGAAGGAAAUGAAAUGGGGUUGCAUUAAUGAGGACGAGAGCGAGUGUGUGGUUGAAGAUUUGGCUAAUGGACUCUUCACUUUGUUGGUGGAUGAAUUUAUGAGUAACUUAGCUUCGUGAUAAAUAGUUUUUUAUAUGGGGGGGGGGGGGGGGG